AUGGGCUCCCGUCAUGAGAUUAACUCCAGUGCUGUGCGAAAACGCAUAGAAAACCAUGACUUCAGCAAUGAAGCGGGCGAUGAAUAUGAGGCCUCCAGCUUUGGAGGCUUUGGGGACUACAUGAGGCGGAAAAAACUGAAGCUGCAGAAUCUUGAUGCCGAAAUUCGAGCUACAGCCGGUGACUCCCCGGCAAUAUUCCGUGGGGUAGUGGCUCAUGUCAAUGGGUAUACCCAGCCAUCCCUGCAAGACCUUCAUCGCAUGAUCGUCAGCCAUGGCGGCGGGUUUCUUCAGUACUUGGAUGGCAAAACUGCCGCCACUCACAUUAUUGCCAGUGCUCUUACGCCCAAGAAACGGGAGGAGUUUCGACGAUAUCGCAUAGUGAAACCUGCAUGGGUGACAGACAGUAUCAAAGCAGGGCGCUUGUUGUCAUGGGAUGAAUAUAGAAUUGUAGACGAAGGCCACGCACAAAAGGUACUCAAGUUUGGUGAUGGUCAAUUCACAAGUCAGACAAACACCCCUCGUUCAGGCUACAAGGACCAAUCAAAAAGCAGCUGGUAUCACUCUCAACUGCGAGAGAUGGAACAUGCCGAAACAGGCCUUGGAUCUUCGCCAAAGCCUGUAACACCAUCCGCAUACUCAAAGCCUCCACAGAUGCUGGAAGCUACCCCCGCCGAAGGCCAGCGGUCUCAAUCAGAUUAUGGCGAUUUUCCUAGCUCCAUUGUCAAGGAAGCAGAAGAUGACCAAGUCACCUCCCAAACAGCAAACAACCUAACCAAUGAUGAUGUGGGGCCCGCAAAAGCACCAGAGCAAACCAAGCAUAUCAAUGAGGAUCUUGGGCCAGCUGAUUCCUCUGAGUAUUCUUUACCCAGAAAUUCAAGCUCCACCAAGGAAGAUAUGACAUCCGAAGAAUAUAAUGCGCAGCUUCUUUCCGAUCCACGAAUGAAGAAGUCAAGUGUUGUGAAUCCCGAAUUUUUACAGCAAUAUUACAAAGAAUCUCGACUUCAUCAUCUGUCCACCUGGAAGGCGGAGUUGAAAGCCCAACUACAGGCAGCGACAAACGAAAAAGCGCACUCUCAGAUAUCGAAAAGGAAGCCUAUAUCUGGUUCACGAAGGUACAUAUUGCAUGUGGAUUUCGACUCGUUCUUCGCCGCAGUUUCGCUUCUCAAGCACCCAGAACUGAAAGACAAACCGGUCGCUAUUGCUCAUGGCUCCGGAUCGGGCUCUGAAAUUGCUAGUUGUAACUACCCCGCGCGUGCACAGGGUGUCAGGAAUGGGACAUGGAUGAAAGGCGCUUUGGAGUCAUGUCCCGACCUGAAGGUUCUUCCCUAUGAUUUCCCCGCCUACGAGGAUGCAAGCCGCAAGUUUUACAGCGCGAUCCUUGCUAUUGAUGGGACCGUGCAGAGUGUCAGUAUCGAUGAAGCUCUGAUUGAUGUCACCGGUUCAUGUUUGGAAGCCGGUGGCUCAGAUGGGAAGACCAUAUCGGAAGGUGCAAUUAAUUCUGAGCAAGCCAAAGCUGAUGAGAUUGCUGUGGACUUGCGAAAUUCGAUUAAGGAAAAGACAGGAUGUGCGGUCUCUGUUGGUAUUGGCGGCAAUAUCCUUCUCGCCAAAGUGUCUCUUCGAAAGGCAAAACCCGCAGGCCAGUUUCAGUUGAAACCAGAUGCCGUUUUGGAGUUCAUCGGGGGUCUCACUGUUCGUGAGCUACCAGGCGUGGGCCAUAGCAUGGCGGCCAAGCUUGAAGAAAUGGGCGCGAAAUCUGUUGGAGACAUCAGGAACCUAUCUAAAGAGAGACUGAUAUCUGGCCUGGGACCUAAGACUGGAAUCAGGAUGUGGGAAUAUGCUCGUGGGAUUGAUCGAACAGAAGUUGGCGAUCAAGUCACCAGGAAGUCGGUUUCAGCGGAGGUUAACUGGGGCAUUCGAUUUGUGAAUCAGGUUCAAGCGGAUGAGUUUAUUCGGUCUCUGUGCACGGAGCUGAAUCGAAGGCUGAUGGAAAACCUGGUCAAGGGAAAGCAACUCACGCUCAAGGUCAUGCGACGAUCUAUGGAUGCGCCACUUGAAGCAGUAAAACAUCUCGGCCAUGGCAAAUGCGACACCUUCAACAAGAGCGUUGCUCUCGGAGUCGCAACGAACGCACCAGAUGUGGUGGCAAAAGAAGUGAUCUCCAUGCUGAGAAGCUUCAACUUUUCACCUGGGGACUUGAGAGGCCUGGGCGUGCAGAUGACGAAGCUUGAGCCAUUUAGGACUGCCUCCUCCGGGCUCGAAAGCAGCCAACGACAACUCAACUUCAGCGUAUCCCCGCCUCGGAAGAAAGCCAUCCCCGCUGUCGACCCCGAUGAACUGGAGAGCCCGCACAAAGAUGAAACCAUCCGGAUCCAAGCGGACCCAGUCCUCGGUGAUAGUGCUCACAAGCCUCUGAAUAUCUCGGGGUCUCAGUUCAUUAUGCCUACCCAGGCAGACCCCAAGGUGGUUUCUGAAUUACCUUCCGAUAUCAGGUCAAAACUUGUUGCACAAUCAAAAUCACGACAAAAUUUGCGCACAGGAUCCCCAUGCCCCCUUCCACGUGAGGGACGACAAGCUAGUCAAAUAAACCUGCCUCCCCAGUCCCAACUAGACCCUGAAACAUUGGCAGCCCUACCAGAAGAUGUUCGUUCGGAAGUGCUGGGGUAUUAUCACCAACCGGCUCCUGCGACUGCGCCAUCAUCCGAGCAUCAAUUACCAGAAUCAAAUCCUCCGUCGCUUCCUGGUGCUCUGAAACCACGGAGGCCAUUAUCCCCACCCAAAAAGAGACGUGGCCGUCCACCCAAGGCAGUAACACUUGCAAGGAAUGCAAAGACUCAAACACUGAAUCAGUCUGGAUUUGGAUUCGCUCGCCCUCACCCAGCAGUCACAUCUACCAGUGCCGAGGAGGCUUUGCCGAGGCAGCCAUCGCCGAAUAUCGAGGACCCAGGCGAUGUCUCAGCCGACUUUCUUGCCGCCUUACCUGAAGAUAUAAAGCUAGAGAUAAUGGAAGAACAGAAGCGGACUCGCAUGCAACAGCGUCCACAGGACACGAUACCCGUGGAAAGGCCUCCAUCUCGACAAGAAGAGGAUCCCCCCAUAUCGGUAUUGCCUGAGAAGCGACUUCCGCUCCCGCCUCUUCCAAAAAAGCCUGUGUUCACCUCCCAGCGUCUCUCGCAGCUACCAGAUCUGCGAGAUUCCGUCGGAGCAUGGCAUGAAACUUUUGCAGAUGGUGGCCCAUAUGAUGAAGAUGUUACUUCGUUAUGUUCAUAUUUGACUAGUGUCACUCUGAACGAGAGAGACGUCGAUAAAGCUGUUUCGGUUGUCCGCUGGUUGAUGUGGUUGGUGGAAGAUCACUUGCAACCCGAGCCCGAGCCCGAGGAUGCUCAAGGAUCGCGGACUGACGGAACUAUAUCAUGGGGAGCAGCGAUCCAGCUGAUGCAGGACAGUGUACAAGCAGCUUUGGAAAAGAGAGGGUUACCCGAGGUAGAUUUCGUGUAA